UUUACUAGCGAGAGAACCACCAACGAAGAAAUCAGGCUUCAGGCACAGUUAGCAGUGGCUCGGACAUUAUGGUGUAGAAAAGAAGUAGUAAACAUGGAUAAAAAGAAGAAACCCUUCGAUGUGACUGCUUCAUCGCUGGUGGACCUUAAAGCUGAACUGUACAGAAAGCAGGAACAAUUCAAACAGGAAAAACUUGGCCAUGAAAAUGCUGGUGCUGGAUUCACAUCAAAAUCCAAACUCAAGAAACCUAAUGUCUGGAGCAAACAAAACGCUGGCGUUUCAGCAAGAGCUGAAAAAGAUGCAGAGCAGCUGACUGAGGAGCAGUGCAGCCUGGAUACAUCAAAACGCAAGUUGGAGGAGAAGGCCAAACUCUACGAGCAAAUGACUAAAGGAGACUUUCCAGAUGAAGAGACAGAGGGACUGUUCUUGGUGGAUUUCACCCAGAAGAUUAUUGACAAAAAGAGAGAAACCCUUGCACAGAAGGAAACAGAAAGAGAGAAUGAGGAAAGAGAAAACUCGUCUCCUGUCCCUCCUCCUCAAAACCCAGAUGAGGAAUGGGUGGAUUAUGUGGACGCUUUGGGCCGAUCCCGAAGAUGCAUGAAGAAAGACCUGCCAGGUUUUAAGAAAAUGGACCAAGACCUUCAAGGAAAAGGAAAAGCCUCAGCUGAGAAGACCUUACUCUCGGAGGACAUGCGUCGAGAGCUGCAGAGGCAGGAAUGGGAGAGGGAGGAAGAGGAGGCUAUGAAGAGGCCUAUUGGACCGAUCCACUAUGAGGAUAUCAGAGGACAAGAGGCUCGGGAUCUCGGUGUGGGUUACUUUGCGUUCGCCCAGGACGAAGAGCAGCGCAGAAAGCAGAGAGAAACACUGGACAUGCUCAGAGACCAGACAACAGACCAGCGCACUAAGAGGGAACAACUGAAGGACAAGAGGCAGGUCAUCCUGCAGGCCCGACUGGCCAAGGUGAGGCAGAGGAAGAUGAAGAAGGCCAAGCUGGAUGGCACUGAGGAUGAGCAAAGAGUGGAGGACAAUGAAGUCCUAGGUGGGGAGGACAAAGGUGAAUUAAUAGGACCCUCGCCUCCACCAGAGGACUCCUUGGAGGUUAGCACACUGAAGAAGGUGGAAGUGGAGAUCCAGGAAAGAAAGGACACCAAACCAGGAGUUCCUCAUGUCAGAGAAUGGGACAGAGGCAAAGAGUUUAUGUUUAGUGAGUGGACAACUCGGCGCCGCGAAGAGCGAGAGUCAGAAUUUGCACCUCCCUCUGCGUACUUUAAUGAGGGGAAGAGAGAGAGACCAGGGAGGAAUAAAACUCAGCAGAAUAAAUCCAAGAUGUCCUUCAAGUGGACCAAAAGCCCAGGAGGAAUCUCUGAGAGCAAAGAGGAUCCACAGUUUCAGCCUAAAACUGCUCCUUCACCUCCUCAACAAAAUCCUCCACCUCCUUCACAUCCACAGAACUCAUCGCAGUCAUCCCCUUCAGAUCACCCAGCAGAUUCAGCUCCUGUGUCUGCUCCUCCUUUUCAUCCCCACUAUCCCCCUCCUUCAUUUUAUCCUCCACCCUUGCCUCAGUUUGCUGGACCACCUCACCUACUUCCUCCGUUUCUCCCACAGUACCAGAACCAGUAUCACCCCCAGUAUCCCGCCCAAUAUCCACCUCAGCUGCAGAGCCAGUCUCCGCCUCAGCAGCCCCCCCAGCCUGUAGACCUUAGCCAGGCCCAGCAGCCUGCACAGAGUCUAGACGACAUGCUGUCCUUCUACAGGAACACUACCUGAUCUCUAAAAUAUCAUGUUUGCUUUGUAGUUGGUUCAUAUUGAGAGUGUAAAUACUGCUGUUUCCUUUUUUCUUUUUAGGAAAUCAUAGAAAACACAGAACACAACUUCUCAGCUCUUUGGAGUUUAAGCAUUUAAUAAAUAUUAGGAGUUUAACUGGA